AUGUCAACUACCGAUGUCACCGUUCUCAUACCUGGAAACGGUCAACAAACCGAACGCCCUAAUCCUCACACGCAACAUUCGUUAUCACGAGCGGAAAUUGUUCAUGGAGUAGCGAACCGCAUCAUUUACUCAAGAUUUUAUUCAUGGCUGUAUUUAGGAAUGGCUUUACUAAGUAUUGUUCCUAUUGUACUGUCUUUGACAGAAGAAUGUCAAACUGUAGGUUUCAUUGUACUUGAAGUUAUAAUCAACACAGUCAUGAUAGCGGAAGUAAUAACUCGAUUUCUAGCUUUAGGAAAGCUAUUCUGGAAAUCGAUAUUCAACAUAGCUGACAUAAUUCUUGUUUUUCUAUGUGUAACCACCUUAAUCUUUUUGUUGAAAGGAGGCUGUUCACACAAAGGAGAGGAGGUAUUUGAUCUGGUCCUAUUAAUUGCUAGAAACCUGAUACAGUUUGGAAGAAUAAUUUUGAUGUUGAGAAAGAAUAAGAAAAAUAGGAAGGCACGAAAUGCAACGGUCAAUUUCGAUAACAUUAGGGAGUCAAGCGUUUCAAUGGAUAUUGAUUCGUUGUCCAAUAGGGCAUUUCUAAUAACUGAUGAGGAAGAUGACUUUUUAUAA